AUGCGCAACCUUCGCAAUGUUCGCUUCGGGCGGUGGAUGCACCCCAACAUCACUUCGGCUUGCUGGGACGCCGACAACGAUGACGUCCUUUACACCGUUGGGCCGACGGAGGAGAGUUCCACCAUCGAGCUGGUCCGAGUUUCGCAAAGUGAACCCUCGUCGUACGAAUCGAUAGCCAGCUGGGAUGCCCCCAGCCCGAACCCAGAGCUGCUGGUAGACAGGGUCGUCAACGUCCAGUACCUGGGCGGCUUGUCGGGGACAUGUCUCGUGCUGGAAGGCGGCGACAUCAUCACCGUGCAGCAGGACAAAGCGUCGGGAAGCGAUGCUCGCAUCGAGAUCGUGGGCUCCAUCGACGCGGGCAUUUCCGCUGCGCGAUGGUCUCCCGACCAGGAAGUCUUGACCGUCGCCACCAAGGCGAAUACCGUGGUUUUCAUGACCGCAAACUUCGACCCGAUUGCCCAAGUGUCCAUGACCGCCGAGGACCUCAAGGCUUCAAAGCACGUCUCCGUCGGAUGGGGCAAGAAGGAGACUCAGUUCCAAGGCCGCGGUGCCAAAGCGCUCCGUGACCCGACCAUCCCCGAAAGAGUCGACCAGGGCCUGCCGAGCACGCGCGAGGACGGCUCAACCACAAUCAGCUGGAGAGGGGACGGCUCGUACGUGGCCAUCAACGCUGCUGUCCAGGAGGGGGGCAGGCGGGCUAUCCGCGUGUAUUCCCGCCACGGCGGGCUCGACAGCGCCAGUGAGCCGGUCGAUGGCCUGGAGGGCGCCCUCAGCUGGAGACCGUCGGGAAACCUGAUUGCCGGUAUCCAACGGCUGCCCGACCGAGUCGACGUUGUGUUUUUCGAAAGAAACGGGCUUCGCCACGGCCAGUUCACGCUGCGAUCGCCCGGAAGCUCCGCCUCGGCGUGGGAGAGCAUCCGCCUCGAGUGGAACUCCGAUUCGACCGUGCUGGCCGUCUUGCUCGACGACUGCGUCCAGCUCUGGACCAUGGGCAACUAUCACUGGUACCUGAAGCGGCGGGUUCCCAUCAAGUCUCGCCUCGUCAAUCUUUCCUGGCACCCCGAAAAGGCCCUUCGCUUCGCCGCGACAUCGUCCUCUGAAAGCAUCACGGCCGAGGAGGCCUUUUGCACCGCGAGAGGAUCCUGUCUCCCGCCCUUUGACAGCGGCGCCGUCGCCGUCAUCGACGGCGAGACGGUCAAGCUGACUCCCUUCAGGACCGCAAACAUGCCGCCUCCAAUGUCUCUUUUUGACGUCGCUGCCGAGUCGUCCGUGGCGGACGUGGCGUUUGGGCGCCGGAACACUUCCUUUGCAGUGCUGCAUGGCAAGGGCGUCGAUUUGUACGAGUGGCCCACCCGGGACGGGCGCGGCGUCAAACCGAAUCUCAAGUCGCGAAUCCCGCUCCCGGCAGCCGGUACGACGCCCGGGAGCCCGGCCCUCGUUCCGCUCCGCAUCUGUUGCACGUCAGAGGCGUCUUUCCGAGUGUUCAGUUUCGACGGAGACUCCAAGUUGGUGCAGCACGCCGUCGACGUCGGCGGCAGCUCCAUAAGCCCUGCGGCUUGCCAGAAACCUCUCGUUUCCACUUGCGCGUACGAGAAUGCCGCGUUGCUGGAAGCGUAUGGGCAGGACGCUUCGGGCACCUUGUACCGGCUGCUGGAGACGUCGAGUGAGCAGACGACGGUCAAGUUCCCUGCUCACCUGCCCUGGUUUGAGAUUGGCAGAGUCGAGGGCGAGAUGGCCGCCUUUGGCCUGUCGAGAAAUGGUCACUUGUACGCCAACUCGAGGUUGCUGGCCAAGAAUUGCACGUCCUUUGUUGUCUCGCCCAGUCAUCUCAUCUUCACCACCACCAACCAUCUCGUCAAGUUUGUCCACUUGACGCCCGCAGUUGAAGACCUUGAGAUUCCCGAGGACGACCCCGAAAGUGACGAGCGGUGCCGCAGCGUAGAGAGGGGAUCGCGCCUCGUGGUCGCCAUCCCUACCAACAUGAGCAUUGUGCUGCAGAUGCCCCGUGGCAAUGUCGAGACCGUCUUUCCUCGAGCCAUGGUUGUUGCAGGUAUCCGCAGCCUGAUUGAGGAAAGGAACUACUCGCGCGCCUUUUCCUACUGCCGGACGCAAAGGGUAGACAUGAACAUCCUGUAUGACCACCAGCCGGCCCAGUUCCUGGCAAAUGUCGGCUCCUUCCUCAACCAGCUCAACGACGUGACCUACAUCGACCUUUUCCUCUCAUCCCUCAGAGAGGAAGACGUCACGGAGACCAUGUACAGGAACACCAAGCACGCCCGGCACGGUUCCUCCCGGCCCGAUGAGCAGGUCAAGCCGGCGCCCUCUCCCUCCUCCUCCUCCUCCAAAGUCAACACGGUCUGCGACGCCGUCCUGCGGGCACUGCAAGCCCGCAAGGCGACCAACGUCCAAAACAUCAUCACCUCGCACGUCUGCAAGAUCCCGCCCGCCCUCGAGGACGGCCUCAGCCUCGUGGCCGAGCUCAUGCAGGAGGACGAGAAGCUGGCCGAAAAGGCCGUCGAGCACAUUUGCUUCCUCGUCGACGUGAACCGUCUCUACGAGACGGCCCUCGGCCUGUACAACCUCGACCUUGCGCUCCUGGUAGCCCAGCAGUCGCAGCGCGACCCGCGCGAAUACCUGCCCUUUAUCCAGAACCUGCACGAGCUGCCGGAGCUGCGGCGCCGGUUCGACAUUGACGACCACCUAGCCCGGCGGGCCAAGGCGCUCGACCACCUGCACGCGCUGGACUCGUUUGACGACUUCUGCGCCUACGCCACCAAGCACGCCCUGUACCAGGAUGCCCUGCGCAUAUCGCGCUACGACAGCGCGCGCCUGGCGGCCGUCACGUCCCUCUACGCCGCGCACCUCGAGUCCAAGUCGUGCUACCGCGAGGCCGGCCUCGCCUACGAGUCGCUCAAGAAGUACGCCAAGGCCACGUCGUGCUACCGCGCCGCGGGGGCAGCCUGCUGGCAGGAAUGCCUCUACACGGCGCAGCGGCAGCGGCACCCGCCCAUGUCGGCCGAGGCCAUGGCCGACCUGGCCACCAGCCUCGCCGACGCCCUGUGGGAGGCCAAGGACUACGCCGCGGCCGCCACGAUCCACCUCGAGCACCUGUCGUCCGUCGAGACGGCCAUCAGGUGCCUCUGCAAGGGGCACCUGUUCGCCGAAGCCAUGCGGCUCGUCGUCGUCAAGUCCCGCCCGGAGCUCCUCAAGUCGGCGUUUGACGUCGGCCUCACCGAGGCCUUUGGCAGCACGACCGAGUUCCUCGCCGACUGCAGGAGCCAGCUGCGGGCCCAGGUGCCCCGCGUGCUGGAGCUGCGCCGCAAGGCCCUCGAAGACCCCGUGUCCUUCUUCGAGGGCGAGCGGGCCGGCGGGGCCGACGUCCCCGACGACGUCUCCGUGGCGGCCAGCUCGCGCGUGUCCACCAGCGCGAGCCUGUUCACCCGCUACACGGGCAAGGCCGGCAGCGUGGGGACCGCCGGCACGGGCGUCUCGCGGGCGACCAGCAAGAACCGGCGGCGGGAGGAGAAGAAGCGCGCGAGGGGCCGCAAGGGCACCGUCUACGAGGAGGAGUACCUCGUCAACAGCGUGCGCCGCCUGGUCGAGCGCGUGGCCGCCGCCAAGCCCGAGCUGGAGCGGCUGGUCUUUGCCCUCGCGCGGAGGGGCAAGACGGAGCACGCCCGCGCGGCCGAGCAGCUGAUGAGCGACGUCGUCCGCGCCUGCCAGGCCGCCAUACCAGAGGUGUUUCCCGCCGCGCCCGCCGCGCCCGCCGCCCAGACGCAAGGGCGCUCCGCCGGCGGCACCGACCAGGGCGAGGGCGAGGGCGACUGGGCGUGGAGGGCCACGGGCGGCGACGCCGUGCUGCGGGACUUUAUGGAGGACCGGGCCAAGCAUCAGGAAGCUCCUGUCAUUUCUGGCCUGCAAAGGUUGGCGCUCCUGGGGUAA